CACUUCCCCCAUCCCUAUCCUUUUUCUCCUUACUGGCCUCGAGGGAGUGUGUACAAGAGAUAUCAGGAGACCGUGAAAAGCCACUUGGCUGCAGACAUCCAGGCAGCAAUUUACUUGCCUUCCUCGCUGGCUCUGGGAACAACUCUGGCUCAGUCUUUCCACCAUGAGCCUCAGACUUGGCACCAUCUCCUCCUGUACCAGUGCCAGCCCAUUUCCUGUCCUCCAGGUAUUGCUGCCAUUGUCACUGCUCCUGACCACGCUGGUUCCCGCCACCAUGGGAGCAGCUAAAAUUGAGGGAAGAAUGGCGCAUGUUGAACUUCGCUGCCUCUGCUUGAAUACCGUCUCUGGCAUUCAUCCCAGUAACAUCCAAAGUGUGGAGGUGAUCAGGGCAGGAGCUCACUGCGCCAAAGUCGAAGUGAUAGCCACGCUGAAGAACGACAAGAAAAUCUGCCUGGAUCCAGAAGCACCCAGAAUCAAGAAAAUAGUCCAAAAAAUAAUGGAAGAUGGUGGGUCAGCUGCUUAAUCCUUCUCCCUUUCUGCCAAAGUGUUUUAACUCCCAGGAAGGUUAGGAAUUUGAAGUCUUGGCUGUCUAGAGUUCUUGUUUAUCCAGGAUACCUAGUCAUCCUGUAUUAAACGUUGGAUAUGUUUUCCACUCUGUCUCAAAGAGUCACAUUUUAUUCUGAAAUGGAUGGUUAAUAGAGGACAGAGAGAAGAUGAAAGUAAGCAAGGCUACUUACAAUAUGUAAUAUAUGGUUUACUCCCUAACCCUUGGCUAAAUGUGGUAUUGUGCUUUGCAUUUCUUUCUUUAAAAAUUUCCCUCCAAGUAAGAUAGACAGAGAAAGACCAAUAUCAAGUCACAUUACUAAUAUGUGGAAUCUAAUAAAAAAUAAUACAAAAGAACUUACAAAUAGAAACAAAGAUUGAAACCAAAUUUAUGGUUACCAAAGGGGAAAAGCAGGGUGGGAGAAAUAAAUUAGGGGAAUGAGAUUGACAUAUACACACUAAUAUAUACAAAAUAGAUAAGUAACAAUGACCUACUGUAUAGCAUAUGGUAAAUUACUUAAUACUGUGUAAUAAGAUAUAUGGGAAAAGAAUCUUAAAAAUAGCAGAUAUAUGUACAUGUAUAACUGAUUUACUCUGCUCUACACCUGAAACUUACACAACUUUCGGAGGCAACCAUAUUCCAAUAAAAUUUAUUUAAAAAAACUUCUAAUAACUAAGAAGAAGAGCAACCACUUGAUAAUAAACAUUUUACUUAGAAUAUUAUUAAUUUGCUUUUAAAUCAAAAUGGAAGAAAAAAAGUCACAAGGAUAAGUUAAAUUAAUGGUAGUCAUCCUCUGUAGAGUAUUUUACUAAUUUUGGUGCAGAAAUUGAAAUAGGAAAUUUUUCCUGAACUUGUGGAAUUUACAGUACAUCCAUUUACUGUACAAAUGGAAAAAUUAUGGAUACUGCCUUUGUCAAUGUUGGUUUUAUAAGCACAUUCUCUCUGUUAGACUUGUCAAGUUUAAUUCUGAAAAUUCAAUGAGGUAUUGAUAUUUUCAUACUUAAUAAACAUUAAAUAUACAUGUACAAAAAAAUUUCUUUCCAAAUACAUUUGUGUUAUCUUGCUCCACUCUGUUGUUAGAUAAGUUAUGCCCACAAUGAUUCCAUAAUUCUCAAUAAUAUUAGGAACCACAGUGUCCAGCACAGAGCACUUGUCCCAUAAAUGUUUGUUAAUAUACAGACUUAAUAGGCUUUUUUACUGUCUUAGUUCCUAGGAUGUCUUGUUUCAAAACAUUGAAAGACUGAAACAUUUAAGGAUUUUUCUAAUGUUUAUUUUAGCCUUCAAAUAGUAAAAAUAAUAAAGCAGUAGAAUGUGGAUUUAAAGCAAAGGUCAUUUACUUUAAAGUGAAUGUAUUAUGGGAGUUCCCUUCGUGGCUCAGUGGUUAAAGAAUCCGACUAGGAACCAAGAGGAUGUGGGUUCGCUCCCUGGCCUUGCUCAUUGGGUUAAGGAUCCAGCGUUGCCCUGAGCUGAGGUGUAGGUUGCAGACGUGGCUCAGAUCCCCCGUUGCUGUGGCUCUAGCGUAGGCCGGCGGCUACAGCUCAGAUUCGACCCUAGCCUGGGAACCUCCAUAUGCCGUGGCAGUGGCCCAAGAAAUGGCAAAA